CAUUACGGGGCUACCGGCCACCCACAUGGCCGCACCGCCCAGACACGGGUCGCCCGCGUUGCUGCUUUAACUAUACACUCGCGCACACUUACCUAGCACGUCGUCGUCGUCGUCGUCGCAGCACACGUAACUGCCUAGCUGGGUAAGUAGGUGACUGACUGAGGAGAGGAUGGCGAUCGGCAAGGCGGCGCUGUUCGGGCUGGUGCUGCUGUGCGCGCUCCGGCAGGGGCGGGCGCAGCGGUACAACGCCAUCUACAGCUUCGGCGACUCCAUCUCCGACACCGGCAACCUCUGCGUCGGCGGCUGCCCGUCCUGGCUCACCACAGGGCAGUCUCCCUACGGAGAGACCUUCUUCGGUCGCCCCACCGGCCGAUGCUCUGACGGCCGCAUCAUCAUAGACUUCCUCGCCGAGCACUUCGGGUUGCCGCUGCUGCCGGCGUCCAAGGCCGGCGGCGACUUCAAGAAGGGUGUCAACAUGGCGAUCAUCGGCGCCACCACCAUGAACUUCGAUUUCUUCAAGUCCAUCGGCCUCAGCGACAAGAUUUGGAACAACGGGCCCCUCGACACCCAAAUCCAGUGGUUCCGGCAGCUCCUGCCCUCCGUCUGCGGCAGCGAUUGCAAGAACUACCUAUCCAAGUCACUGUUUGUGGUCGGCGAGUUCGGCGGCAACGACUACAACGCCGCUCUGUUCUCCGGCCGGACCAUGGCGGAGGUGAGAGGCUACGUGCCGAAGGUAGUCAGCAAGCUCAUCCGCGGCCUACAGACGAUAAUCAAUACGGGAGCGGUGGACAUCGUCGUGCCGGGGGUGCUGCCGAUCGGGUGCUUCCCGAUCUACCUGACCCUCUACGGGACCUCCAACGGCGCCGACUACGACGGCGACGGCUGCCUCAAGAGCUACAACGGCCUGUCCUCCUACCACAACUCCCUGUUGAAGCGGAGCCUCUCCAACCUGCAGAGGACGUACCCACACACCAGGAUCAUGUACGCCGAUUUCUACUCCCAGGUCACCCAGAUGAUCCGGGCCCCUCAGAACUUCGGGCUGAAGUACGGCCUGAAGGUCUGCUGCGGCGCCGGCGGGCAAGGCUCGUACAACUACAACAACAAGGCGAGGUGCGGCAUGUCCGGGGCCAGCGCCUGCGCCGACCCGGGCAACUACCUCAUCUGGGACGGGAUCCACCUCACGGAGGCGGCCUACCGUUCGAUCGCCAACGGGUGGCUCAACGGGCCCUACUGCAACCCUCCCAUUCUGCACUGAUGACAAGUUGAUGGAACUGAUAGCAUUCAAUCCAUACCUGAGUAGUUGAUAUGUGUGUUGUUUGUUGGGCAAAUCGCCAUGUGCAUGCGUCCUACAUUCGUAGCUGUGUGUGUGGUUUGGUUUUUUAUUUGGUCGUCGAUUAUUCAUGGGGGGUUAGGUUGCUUGGGUGUGCUGGGGAGAAUGAAUAAAGUAUAUGGAUUAUUUGCAAUUCACAUUAGAGUGAACAGUGGGGAAAGAUGAAUAACAAAUUUUAACGCUCUUUUUCCUUA